AUGUUUCGCUUCACCGACACCUCCGACCUCUCCCGCCGGUGCGUCUGGGUCAACGGCCCCGUCAUCGUCGGCGCCGGUCCCUCCGGCCUGGCUGUUGCCGCCGGACUCUACCAGCAAGGCGUCCCCUACGUCGUCCUCGAACGUGCCGACUGCAUCGCCUCCCUCUGGCAAAACCGCACCUACGACCGCCUCAAACUCCACCUCCCCAAGCAAUUCUGCCAGCUCCCCGACUUCCCCUUCCCCGACCACUACCCGGAAUACCCCUCUAAGCGACAAUUCGUCGAAUACCUCGAAUCCUACGCAGCCACAUUCAAUAUCCGUCCCCAAUUCAACGAGUGUGUCCUCUCCGCCAGGUACGACCCGACCUGCCGCCUCUGGAGGGUCCAGACUCCGGCGGCCGAGUACCUCUGCCAGUGGCUAGUCGUCGCCACCGGCGAGAAUGCCGAGCGCGUCGACCCGGAGAUCGAGGGUUUGGGUGAAUUUUCCGGCGAGGUCCUCCACGCGUGCGACUACAAAUCCGGCGAGGGCUUCAGGGGGAAAAAAGUGCUUGUUGUCGGCUGCGGAAACUCCGGCAUGGAGGUCUCCCUCGACCUCUGCAACCACAACGCCGAGCCAUCCAUGGUUGUUCGCAGCUCGGUCCAUGUUUUGCCGAGGGAGAUUUUCGGAAAAUCGACUUUCGAGCUGGCCAUGUUCAUGUUGACGUGGCUGCCACUGUGGCUAGUGGACCGGGUCUUGCUGGUGCUGUCAUGGAUGAUCCUCGGUAACACCGAGAAAUACGGGCUCAAGAGGCCCAAUGACGGCCCACUACAGCUCAAGAACACUCAGGGGAAGACCCCUGUUCUCGAUAUAGGUGCAUUGGCGAAAAUUCGAUCGGGGCAAAUCAAUGUGGUCCCGGGAAUUAAGAAGUUCACGGGCAGCUCGGUCGAACUCGAGAACGGUCAGAAUCUUGAAAUCGACUCGGUUAUUCUUGCCACCGGUUACCGUAGCAAUGUGCCAUAUUGGCUUCAGGAAACCGAGUUUUUCGCGAAGAAUGGAUUUCCGAAAACGCCCUUCCCAAACGGGUGGAAAGGAAAUGGCGGACUGUACGCGGUCGGGUUCACGAGGAAAGGGCUAUCGGGUGCUUCGGCUGAUGCCGUGAAAAUAUCGAGAGACAUUGCCAAAGCUUGGAAGGACGAUGUGAAGCAGAAGAAGCAGAAAGUGCCGACUCAUCGGAGGUGUAUAUCGACGUUUUGA